AUGGCAGAAAUUGAUGAAUUAGACCAGUUGGAUGAAUUAUUGCGAGCAGAUCUUGAUGUGGCGGCAAACGAAGGUGAAAAUAAAAAGUCUAAUAUCAAAGAAGUGAAUAUCUUUAAUUCAACGGACACUUCAGAAAAACAAUCUGAAGACUUGCCAUCGAAAUCAGUUAUCCACAAUGGAGACACGGACUCUUCUGACGACGAAGAAAAAAGAAAUUUUACAGAACGAAAAUACAGUGACUAUGGAACUCUUAUAAAGAAAACAUUAGACGAUCGCGAACAGGAACAAAUAGAUAAGAGAAUAGAAUUUCAAAGCAGACUGCGGCAAGCCAAUAUACAUACAAAAACAAAGAAAACCUUUACUAUUAAUGUAGAACCCGUAGAACAAAACAAUAAAAAUAUGUUUUGUGUUCCUGAGAAAAAAAGUACUACACCUUCUGAUGUUUAUACAGAUCCUAUAUUCGGUAUCAGAAUCACCAAGCCCUUGAUUUCCAGUGCAGCGUUGUUAGACAGAAUGCAAGGCCGAGAGGCAGUCAAUAUGCUCAGAGUUAAAAGAUAUGUUGAAAACGAAGAUCUAUCAAAGGAUUGGGUUAUCGCAGGUGUAAUUGUUAGAAAAAGUGCACCUAAAAAAUCACAAAAGGGAAGCAAUUUCUCAAUAUGGACACUAACUGAUUUAAAGGAUGAUUUGAAGACUGUAUCAAUGUUUCUGUUUCGUAAAGCUUACAAUGAUUUAUGGAAAACAUCAGAAGGUACUGUGGUUGCGGUUUUAAACCCAAACGUUCUAGAUAGAUCUCAAAAUUCUACCGAUCAGGCCUGCUUAAGUGUAGAGAAUUCCGAUAGAGUUAUGAUACUUGGUCAAUCAAAGGAUUUAGGUAUCUGUAAAAGUAAGAAGAAAAAUGGGGAACCUUGUUCAGCAUUUGUGAAUUUAAGUCAAUGUGAACAUUGUAUAUAUCAUAUUAAACAGGAAUAUCAAAAAUAUUCACAAAGACAGGAACUUCAAUCCUCUACUAUGGGCAAAGGACUUCAGAGUUUACAGAAUAAAGUGUUCGGUAAAAGUACAUUUAUGUAUGGUGGCAAAUCUUACUCAGCUUUACCACCAAGUGACCAUAAAAAGUUUAAGGAUAGAGACCAAAAUAGAUUAAUGACCCUAAGUGAUUAUUAUAAAACUGAAGGGAACAGUCUAAUGGUGAAUAAAGCACCUUAUGGGGCUGGACCUCAAGUGAACAAAAGUGGUGUUUUACACAGUCCUACAACUCAAAAACUAAGUGACUCACAAAGAUUGAAUAACUUGUCUAAUACUAAUAGAAAUAGUAGCUCCAAUACAAACAUUAGUUUGGCACAAAGAGUAAUGAAUUCCCCAACUCUAGGCAAAGGUUUUGGUUUGAAAGGUAAUGGAGUUAUUGAUUUGAAUGUUUCUUAUGGUGAGAAAAGAGCUGAAAAGGCUAAACUAAAUGCUAUUAGGCUCAUACAACAGAAAGGUGGCAUAGAAAAACUAGACCCUAAUAAUAUAAAAGGUACGGAGGCUGGCAAGAAAAGAGCAUUGGAUAAAUUAAAUAACUCUACAGGUGAUGAGAACGAUUGUAAGAAGGUAAAAGUUCAAGAAAAUGGAAUAGGCCCAAAAACUGUGAUGUCAGAGAGAUUUAAGAAAAUUCUUGAAGCAACUUCUUCACAUCAAAAUCUAAUAAAGCAACAUGAGGAGAGCGAACAAGAUAAGUAUUUCAAUAAACUUGAGAAAAAAGAAGCAAUGGAGGAAAAAAUGCUCAAUACAUUUAAAUUAGCAUGUAAGGCUGUGAGGUGCGUCAAGUGUAAGUAUACCGCAUUCUCAGCGGCCCAGAAAUGUAAAGAUGAGAGGCAUCCUCUUAAAGUACUAGACACAUUCAAAAGGUUCUUUAAAUGUGCUGAUUGUAACAAUAGAACGGUCACAUUGGAACUCUUGCCACUUCACUCCUGUAGCAAUUGUAGCGGAUCAAGAUGGGAAAAGGCACCUAUGAUGAGAGAAAAGAAAGUUGCUUUGUCCGAUGGACUCUCAAUAAGAGGAGAAGAGGAAUCAUACUUCGGAGGACAGGUGACCACUGGGAAAAAUAUAAAUUUACUUGUACCCGAUAAUUAG